GCGCCAUGGCUCACUAGGAUAAUCCUCCGCCUGCGGCGCUGGCACCCCGGGUUCUAGUCCCAGUUGGGGCGCCAGAUUCUGUCCCGGUUGCUCCUCUUCUAGUAUAGCUCUUUGCUGUGGCCCAGGAGUGCAGUGGAGGAUGGCCCAAGUCCUUGGCCCUGCACCCGCAUGGGAGACCAGGAGAAGCACCUGGCUCCUGGCUUCGGAUCGGUGCAGUGCACCAGCCGUGGCGGCCAUUUGGGGGGUGAACCAACAGAAGGAAGACCUUUCUCUCUGUCUCUCUCUCACUCUCUAUAACUCUACCUGUCAAAUAAAUUUAAAAAAAAGAAAAGAAAAAAGAAAGAAUUGCUGCUCUGGAGCCCAGCACCUUCUCUUUGCUGGCAAAUGGACGUAGGGGUCUGUACAUCUCAUCUCCACCUAGUCAGCGUUUCCCCUCUGCCCUGCCAGCUCGGGUAUUUCUGACUUCGUUGCCAGAAUUAGCUUUGCUCUGGGCCCAAGAAAGAGGAAGCUACAAGCCGGUGCCACACCCCACCCCACACAUCCGUCCCUUCAACCGCUGGCAAAUAACAGGCUUGGGCUUGGUGGCUCUCGGGGGAUUUCCGAAGCCUGACAGGACGUGUUUGCUAGGUGGCUUUGCUCGCUCUGGAGCCAGGGGCCCCUGCUUGUGUCUGGGCUUCAACUUCCUGUGGGAGCCUUUACGUGGACGUGCAGCACACGGGUGAAUCCAGAGACGGGAACGGCGCGGGGCAGGUGCCGUCCCUGGGGACUGUCUGGGAUUCCUGCUGCUGUGGGUGCCCCCGUCACCAUGCCUGGUAAAGCCUCGGCUGCACAGGUGUUUUCACCGUGAUGACAACAGGUGCCCUCCUCCGCCACCAUCGCUGAUUCCAGGCCAGAGCCGUGCGAGGACCAGGGAGGUGAAUCUGACCCGGCGGCGUUGUGUCUCCUGGGAAAUCGAGGCUUGGGAGAAAUCACUGGGAUUGGCCCCCUUGGAAGGACCACAGCACAAAACAGGGGCUCACCCACCCAGUGAGGCACAGCCGUUGACACACCUUGGACCGCCUUGUCUGAGCAAGAUGGCAGCGGAGCGCUGGCCCUGCCCUUGACCUCAUGAAGGGGGAGGCCCCUCCAGGCCCAAAGAUGGGGAACAUCACCGCGGACAACUCCUCUCUGAGCUGCACCAUCGACCACACCAUCCACCAGACGCUGGCGCCGGUGGUCUACAUCACGGUGCUGGUGGUGGGCUUCCCAGCCAACUGCCUGUCCCUCUACUUCGGCUACCUGCAGAUCAAGGCCCGGAACGAGCUGGGCGUGUACCUGUGCAACCUGACCAUGGCCGACCUCUUCUACAUCUGCUCGCUGCCCUUCUGGCUGCAGUACGUGCUGCAGCACGACCACUGGGCGCACGGCGACCUGUCCUGCCAGGUGUGCGGCAUCCUGCUCUACGAGAACAUCUACAUCAGCGUGGGCUUCCUCUGCUGCAUCUCCAUCGACCGCUACCUGGCCGUGGCCCACCCCUUCCGCUUCCACCAGUUCCGCACCCUGAAGGCGGCCGUGGGCGUCAGCGUGCUCAUCUGGGCCAAGGAGCUGCUGACCAGCGUCUUCUUCCUCAGGCACCAGGAGGUCGUGGAGGACGAGGACCGGCACCGCGUCUGCUUCGAGCACUACCCCAUCCAGGCCUGGCAGCGCGGCAUCAACUACUACCGCUUCCUGGUAGGCUUCCUCUUCCCCAUCUGCCUGCUGCUCGCGUCCUACCAGGGCAUCCUGCGUGCCGUGCGCCGGAGCCACGGCACCCAGAAGAGCCGCAAGGACCAGAUCCAGCGGCUGGUGCUCAGCACCGUGGUCAUCUUCCUGGCCUGCUUCCUGCCCUACCACGUGCUGCUGGUCGUGCGCAGCGUCUGGGAGGCCAGCUGCGAGUUCGCCAAGGGCGUCUUCAAUGCCUACCACUUCUCCCUCCUCCUCACCAGCUUCAACUGCGUCGCUGACCCCGUGCUCUACUGCUUCGUCAGCGAGACCACCCACAGGGACCUGGCCCGCCUCCGCGGAGCCUGCUUGGCUUUCCUCACCUGCGCCAGGACCGGCCGGGCCAGGGACGCCUACCCGCUGGGUGCCCCUGAGAUCUCUGGGAAAAGCGGGGCCCAGGGCGAGGAGCCCGAGUUGCUGGCUAAGCUCCAUCCAGCCUUCCACACCCCAAACUCGCCCGGAGUUGGGGGGUCUCCCCUGGGCAGUUUGGCCUAGCAUGGACGCCUGGGGGACUUGGGUCCUGAGCCUGCUCCCAGCUGCCUCCUGCUUCGCCGUACAUGGGGCCUCUUUCUGCUGGAUGGGGCGGGGGAGGGGUCCCAUGAUGGACCUGGGCUGCAGCAAGGGCCCUUGGCUCCUGGAGGCUGCUCCAGCCUGCUCAGCCCAGAAGGACUGUUGUAUGUGGGGGCCUCUGCUGCCAGGCUGGGGGCGCUGUGGGAGGGGGACUGUGAGCAGGAGGUUUGCAGAGCGCAGCUGGGCUGGGAGUGCCGAGUGUGAGGACAGGGGAGGGGAGGGGGUUUGUGGGUGCUCACCUGCCAGGGCUCUCCAGGGCCGCUACUGUCAUGUAUGAUGCCUGUCCAGACGCGUCGCUGUCCCCUGACGAUGGGACAUGGGUGGCUAAAAUGAGCCCUGCCACACCCUAGGAUGGGUAGGGAAGAUUGGGUGGGGACGAGGAGAGAGGAGGCACAUGGGGAGUGACAGUGUCAGAGGCAGAGGUGGUGACUGGGCUCCCCAGGAGGAUGUGUGGGGUCCUGGACAAAGUCGGCACUGAAGCCCAAGGAGUCCGGACUGGGGCCUGAAGCCUGUGUCUUUAACCAAGUUUGCCAAUGGACACCUUCCACGAGCUUUUAUCCAUCUGCCCAGGAGCCAGGCCUAGGCAAUGGGGAGCAGGGAGAGAGGUGGCUUAGUUCACGGUUCAAGCGCCAGGGGCAGGGCAGGCGUUUGGUGCAGGGUUAAGCCGCUGCUUGGGACGCCUGCGGCCCAUGUUGGAGCGCCUGGGUUCCAGUCCCGGCGUUGCUUCUAUCUUGCUGCUAAUGUGCACCCUGGGAGACAGUGCGGUGGCUCAAGUACUUGGGUUCCUGCCACUCAUGUGGGAGACGCAGGCUGAGCUCUGGGCUCCUGGCUUUGGCCUGGCCCAGCCCUGGCUCUUGUGGGCAUUUGGGGAGUGAACCAGCAGAUGGGAGGUCUCGAUUGGUCUCUGUCUCUCUCUGCCUUUCAAAUAAAAUCAAAAUAAAUAAAUAUUUUAAAAAUGCCAGAGUCUUCAUGACAUGGUAUUCCGAGACACUGAGGCCAGGGCCAUGUGCCACUGGCAAUGUCCCUGCUCUGUCCCUCUGCCACACACACCAGGGAGUAUCUGGCACAGUAUUCUCCUAGAGUCCUCAGAUGCAACCAGACCAACAGCGCUGAUGCCUGCUCUGGUGUCUCGCAGUCCAAGGGCGCAUUCUCCUGUAGCUUGCUCCUGUGGCCAGGGGAAGCGAGGCGCUGGCCCACCCUGCCCCUGUUCUGCAUCCCUGGUCCUCUGCCCGACCUGCCACCCCACCUCCCUGGAGAGUGACUAUGGGGUCCACUAGUAUGCGGCCCAGGGCCUGACCACUACCUCUUGUUCCAUCCUAGAAGGUCGAGUUUGGAGUUCAUCUCCCCUGCAACUCGCAGUCUCAGCUGGCUGGGGAAUCCCUCCCGUGCCCCAAACACACAGGUUUCUCCUGUUCGAUUUUCAGGUUGGCUUCCUGCUCCCGGGGUGCCUGCCUCGCGAAAGGCUCUAGAGAGCAGCAGGGAGGCAUCUGUGGGGUCCUUCAGCCUCAUCCUACUUGUUCAAUGCCUGAUGACCACCCCGCUGGCUGGCGGAGCUGCCUGCCACUUCAGGAGACCUGCCGCCUUGGCAGAAACGCUAGCCCUGUGGACUCCCCGGGCAGCGGGCAGGGGCCACCUCCGACUUCCCUGGGCAUGCCCUCAAAGCUCUGGGAUUCAGCUCCCUCAGAACCAAGAGGUGAAGAGGGCUUAGUCCUGGGGAGGGGCAAGGUGCAGGACGUGGAUACUGGCAUCUGCAGAACAUUCUAGAACCUGCUGAAGGAAGAACCAGGCAGAGAACCCCUUUCUUAACCUCCCUUCCCCCCUCUCCUUGUCUUCCAAGGGGUGGAGUCUUUUCCCUGUGUCUCAGCUUUCCCAUCAGUAGUGUCCUGGGGAGCAGGUCCAGCCUAAAUGUGCCCCAGGAAAGAGUGGGUCUGUGGCCCAGGGCUCCACCUGGCUCUGAUGGGGCAGCCCCUGUCCCAGCUCCUCACCGAGGGCCUCCAAUGACCGAACAAACUUCUCUUCCCUCUCUGGAGGAGAAAGUGACUGGGUCUGAAGAUGGCAGAAAUGGCCACACAACCAAAAGCCCACCCAGCUCCAGCCCAGGAUCUUAUGGGAGCAAUAGCAUGGGUUGGACGCUCUGUGCCUCCUCAUUCUACAAUAGUUCCUCUUGUUUUGACCUUAAACACCAGUGUUCCUGGGGUCUGGACUGGGAUGAGCUGUGGGCAGUUCCAUCUACUGGCAAGAGUGGUAUUUUUGUAUUGUCAUUUCUACUCCAAGUAUACUUGUGUUGGACCGUGCAGUGGAUUGUAUGUAGCAUUCUUCAGUCUGCAAAUAAAGCACCCAGCCACA